GCGCCUCACCAUCAUGAGGUCCUUCUUCAUGCUGCUGCUCUCCCUUUUACUGGUGUCCCAUGGAUCCUCAGCAGUUAUAACAGGGGCCUGUGAGAAGGACUCCCAGUGCGGAGGGGGCAUGUGCUGUGCAGUGAGCUUGUGGAUCCGCAGCCUCCGCAUGUGCACCUCUAUGGGCCAGGAGGGAGAUGAGUGCCAUCCUCUGAGCCAUAAAAUUCCAUACUUGGGUAAAAGACUGCACCACACUUGCCCCUGUCUGCCCAACCUGGCGUGCAUCACUAUAGAGGAGGGGAAAUCUAAAUGUUUGUCACCAUAUAAUUACCCAGACUACUACCUCUGA